UUUCUUCGCCAGGUAGUUGUGGUUCAGCUGCCACACAGGAUAUGGAGCCAUCUGGACCGGCAACGGACGAGGUACCAUCCUCACCACUCCCUCCAUCCCCAACUUCUGCGGUUACGACCCCAGUCUCGUCUCAACCAACCUAUACAACCGCAGGGACCAUCUACAACCCCAGCUCGUCGCAGCGGCUCCAGCCUCCCGCUCGCCGUGGCCGUCUGCUCAAGCUGAAUCCUGAGAGCGCUUGCUUUGUCUUUGAUCCUUCGAGAUUUGGUUCUCCUAGAUCAAUCCUGUCCCAACCCGACACAAGCGUCAAGACGCCAGCCAUUGCAACCGUUAAGCAGUAUAGCCCUCUGCAGCAGAACUAUGAUCGUGCAGUGAGCCCUGCUGCCAGCCCAGAUCGCGAAAGCGCGAUGUCGCCCCAACCCUUUGCGCUGCACAACCCGCCUCUUCGAGCCAGAGUUGACUCCCUACCACUUUCUCGCCUCGACAAGGGCCACGGAUCCAAGGCCACAGCCGACUCUAGCGACGAUGAUGGCGAUAGCAUCUCUGUAGGUGCUCUGAAGAACAUGACGGUCAAGUCCCUCCAAAACCUGGCGUCGUACCCGAACCCGAACCAGAAGAGCGCUCAGAAGGCGCUGCUUCGGGGGACAAGACCAAAGGCCGGCAACACUCUCGGAAGCGGCUUGUCUGGACUGGCCCAGCCAUUCGCAUACCGCAACAUCAGUCCCGGGGGAGUGAGGCUCUCCUCGAGUGAUGAGCCUGCGAUUGGAUUGCGCCCUACUCUGUCGGACCCAAGCGCACUUCACCAUAACUACAUGGACCGUCGACGGAGAUCUAGAAUGAUGACUUCCGACGCCGGACCGAGCGGCACUUAUGCCAGUCUCUUCGAAUCUCGGCGUUCGACACCCUCCACGAAUGACGACAUGCCAGACUCCCAUCCUACGGCGUCGAUGCGUCUCGCCACAGGUCCGGGUGCGCCCAAGCCCUUGACGGCGGGGCCUCCCGGUCAACGUCAGUAUCGUCCUUCCACAUUUGAGUCCACAUUCAAGGCGCUCAAGAGCCGAGCGACAGCUCACCAGGCGUCCGUCACUAAUGCUGAGGAUGACUCGGAUGCCGCUCCAUUCACUCCCAGGGCUUUCAGCACCGUGGCAUCGGCCGGGCAUUACCAAUACUCCUCUGCAGAGGACGAAGAGUACCAGUCUGCCGCCGAGUCAAUCUUCAACGAAGUCAAAGCCAGAACCAGGCCCAUGACUCCAGCAAUUCCUCCCGACAGUCUAUUGUACCUGACUAUCCACUCUGAGCCGGAAUGGCCACGCGAGCGCGAGCCUACCCAUGAUGUCCGCGAGUAUACCCACCCGGCCUAUGAUACGCGGGGAGCCAGCAUCGGCAACUGCAACACUCCGGAACGAAUCUUUCUCAACUUAGUCGGCUUGGGCCACGGUGCCCCAUCGAUCAUGCCGACAAAUUGGCAGUCAGAGAUGAACAAUGGAAAUUCUUCCCACUGGGAUGAGCCCACUGGCCCAAUGUUUCCACAGCAAACGGGACCGAAAAUCUUGACCCAACAAGAGAUUGCGGAACGGAGCAGGAAACUCCAUGACAGUUGGUACUCUGGCUUAGGCCAAGGCCUGGGCGUGUCGACAGUGUUCCCCAAGCCCGUUGACAGGAGUGUCAAGAGACCAGACAGAAGAAGCAUUUACGGCGCAGUUGGCGACGGGCGUCCUACCGGGGUAAAGCAGAGUAGCUCGGCUGCUCGAGGUGACAGCGGAGAGUUGAAAAGCAGCAACUCGAUGCAGUCCAUCAACAGUGACGUUGCGGGCCUUGCGCUUCUGGGCGAAGUCUUGAGCCGCGCCACUUAGUUGCUC